GGCCUCCCGUUCUUGGGUAGCCUCUUACAAAUUGGUCCUAAACCACACAGAUCACUUGCAAAACUAGCCAAAGAAUAUGGCCCUCUGUUCACAAUACGACUAGGCAGUAUCACAGAUAUUGUGGUAUCUUCAUCCGAAAUGGCUAGAGAAGUCUUGCAAACACAUGAUGCUGAGUUCUCUGGAAGGUCAAUUCCAGAUGCUGUCGUUGGAGGACAACAAAACUAUGAUGUUUCAGUGGCAUGGAUAUCUGCUCAAGAUCAAUGGCGAACUAUACGAAGGGUCUUGAACAUCUACUUCACAAAUACCAAGAAAGUAGAGAUGUUAGAAGUGCUUAGGCUAAAAGUUGUGACACAAAUGGUUGACCAUAUCAAGGAGAUUAGUCGAAGAGGGCAAGCUGUGGAUAUUGGAAAGCUGGCCUUUACAACGGCUUUAAAUCAGAUGUCAAACACUUGUUUUUCAGAGGAUGUGGCUGGUUUUGAUUCUGAUCAAGAUGAUAAUGGAUUUUAUAAAGGGGUCAAGACCAUCAUGAAGGUUGUUGGGAAGAUAAAUUGUGCAGACUAUUUUCCUUGGCUAAAAACAUUUGAUCCUCAAGGCAUAAGGAAAGAAGCUUGGGGUGCCUAUGGCUGGCUUGAUCAAGUCUGUGAAAAAUUCAUCAAUCAGCGGUUAAGACACAGAGAAUCCAAACUUCCACCCUAUGGGGACCUCUUAGAUUCCUUUCUUGAUUUCCAACAACAAAAUCCAGACGAUUUCAACAUCAUGCACAUCAAAGCCCUCUUAACGGAUUUGUUCAUUGCUGGAACUGACAACAUUUCAAGUACAAUAGGAUGGGCAAUGUCUGAGCUUGUACUCCAUCCAGAUGUAAUGCAUAAAGUACGCGGAGAAAUCAGUGAAAGAAUCAAAGGGAAAGAAAGACUAGAAGAAGCUGAAACCCUUGAAUUACACUACCUGCAAUCUGUUUUAAAAGAAACAAUGAGGCUUCACCUAACAGUGCCUCUUCUUCUGCCCCAUAAAUCUGAGACCGAUGUAAAGCUGAAUGGCUAUAUGAUUCCCAAAAAUACCCGAGUAAUAAUCAAUGCUUGGGCCAUUGCCCAUGACACAAAUUCUUGGGAAAAUCCUGACCACUUUAAACCAGAGAGGUUCAUAGGCUCUGAAAUUGACUACAAAGGCCAGCAUUUUAGUUUUCUACCGUUUGGUUCUGGACGUCGUAUGUGCUCUGGCAUUCGCUUGGCUGAGAGGGCCAUGAGCUUGAUAUUAGUGUCACUUGUUGCACACUUUGAUUGGAAGCUUCCCAAUAACAUGUUGCCUGAGGAAUUGGACAUGGAUGAUACUUUUGGCGUCACUGCGCAGAGGGCUACACCGCUGCUUCUUAUCCCAACACCUGCAAGUAACUAGCAAUUUAUUACCGCGUGCUUUGCAGAACAGAUGCUUUCAUUGCAGAACAGUGUGCUCUUCGUAUUCGACAUGUUAAUCUCUUUUAGCAUAUGUUUAAGUAAUGUGUGCAUGAACUGAACGCGACAGAUCAAUAAUACUAAGUAAUUUAUCCGUGUCUAAUCAAUCUUGUGCUGGAUUAAUUGAUAACAUAUAAU